AGUGCGCCUGCGCGGAGCCCGUGGCCGCGCCCGCUCCCACCCGGGGCUCGUCGCUGGGCUGCCGGGCUAUGGGGGAGGCUGAGGUGGGCGGCGGCGGCGCGGCGGGCGACAAGGGUCCGGGGGAGGCGGCCACCAGCCCAGCCGAGGAGACGGUGGUGUGGAGCCCCGAGGUGGAGGUGUGCCUCUUCCACGCCAUGCUGGGCCACAAGCCCGUCGGUGUGAACCGCCACUUCCACAUGAUCUGUAUCAGGGACAAGUUCAGCCAGAACAUCGGCCGGCAGGUGCCGUCCAAGGUCAUCUGGGACCACCUGAGCACCAUGUACGACAUGCAGGCGCUGCAUGAGUCUGAGAUUCUUCCAUUCCCGAACCCAGAGAGGAACUUCGUCCUCCCAGAAGAAAUCAUCCAGGAAGUCCGGGAAGGAAAGGUGAUCAUUGAAGAGGAAAUGAAGGAGGAAAUGAAGGAAGAUGUGGACCCCCACAACGGGGCCGACGAUGUUUUCUCAUCUUCAGGAAGCUUGGGGAAAGCAACCGAAAGGUCUGGCAAAGACAAAGAGAAGAACGCCUCCGACUUGGGGGCCAAGGAAGGGGCGGACAAGCGCAAGCGCAGCCGGGUCACCGACAAGGUCCUGACCGCCAACAGCAACCCCUCCAGCCCCAGUGCCGCUAAGCGGCGCCGAACGUAGACACUUGCACGGGUGCAGGCGGGCGGUCACAGCCGUGGUCACCCCCCUGGGGGCCAAUGCUCUGGCCUCUGCUGCCUGCCCUGGGGCCCGGGGGCUCCACUCACCAUCUGGGGCUCAGGUGGACCCCAAAGACCAGGACCUCCCCGCCCAGGCCUCAAGAGCUUUGUGACCCAGGCUCAUCUGCGUAGCUCGUCUGCACGUCCCAGAGGCCACACACGGGCUGAGGGUCCAGGGUGUGGGCAGCAGAGAAGGCCUAGAACAGCAAGCAAUAAAACCCCACCUCCCAGGGCUGCGAGUCUUCCCAGGGUCCGUCUCUCCGUCUGUGCGCCGCUCUUGCUCAACUGACUGCGACCUCAGGAGAAAGUCAGGCCAUCGAGCCACACACGGCGGCCUCUCCGUCACCGCCAGAGAAACUGGGGACUGGAUGUGUUGGCUCAUUCACUUGUACUGUAAUGAUGUAUAUAAUUUGGUUGCUAUUUCACUAUUUAAUUUUUAAGAAGCCUAUUUUACUAGUGUUUUAUAUGAAAAACAUACUGCAGAAGUGAAAAACCUGUGUUGUAUUUUUUUGAGAUGUUUUCUUUUAAGGUAACGACCACUGAGAUCCUUUUGCUCAGUUUUUAUAUGCCAGAUACAGAGAAUUUGUAGUGGUUAUUUUUGUAUCACCGAGUAACUUGCACACCGAGCAGUGAGUGAGUGGAGGGAGGGCCAGGCACCUGCUGGGCUGACAGGAAUACACUCCGAUUGCCGAACAUUAAAGCAACAGAAAGUAA